GGGACACGCCGGAAGCUGCGCAAGCCCUCGGCCCGCUUGAACGUCCAGAUGACGUAGCCUGAGGAGCCGGUGGUGGGGUUCGUUGCGGUCCGACCUGGCACCUUGCUCGUGGCGCACGGAGAGUCUGCGGGCGAUAUGGAAAAAAAUCCUUAAAAGUUGAAAAUGUUGCAAGUGACAUGAUAAUUUAGCCAGUGCCUCAGAAUGAUGGAUUACCAGAAGAUUGGACAUGGUUUGCAAGUUGCUGGUAUAGGGGCAUCUGCACUCCACAUGGUGGGGUAUUUGGGAAAAGGUUGUAAUUCUGCUGAAAUAAUUCCAGAUGGACACUGCCCUCUUUGCAAAAAUAAAGGUCUACUGCAAGCUUUAAGAAAAUAUCGCAUCAGUUUUCAAGAGUCUGUUUCCUUAUGUGAAAAUCCUCAGUGCAUCUACCCUCUAGGAUUUGAAUCACUAAGUAACAUUAUAGUUCCUAUUGAUCCAAAAGGUUAUCCAUCUUGGGGCACUUGUCGGAAAAGAAAAUUCUUUGAAACAAACUUGGUAACCACUCCUGCUGAAUCCUGCUCAAAACCUGAUCUUGUUCCCAAGGGCAAUGGAGAGAAUCUGUCUGGAACUCAUUCAGGACAACCUGUUUUUUCACCAGCUAGUCAGAGCAGUUUUAGUAGUACAAUGGAAUCCACACAGCAGGAAAUUGGCUUGGAAAAGGAAGCUCAAGAAGAUCCACCUCAUGCAUUCAUUGUGCAGAAACCUUUUUUAUCAAAUUCUGAACCUUGUUCAUCAGUGUCUAAAAUUUUGCCUCAAGACAGCAACUCUGUGUCAGAGCCGCAGUGGCUUCAGUGGAAGAAUGUACAUGCUCUCUGUUGGUUAGAUUGCAUUCUGUCAAUACUAGUACAUUUAGAAACAUUAAAAAUAAUUUUGGCGGGAUCUGUCUUAGAAAAUUCAUCACUAACCCACAGACUGCUUGCAGAAUACAAUCGAGCAACAGCACUUGUGAACAAUUGCGAAAGAGGUGAACACAUUUCAGAGGUUCCUGUAGAUGUUCUUUCAAGGGCUGAAUCGCACCUUAAUGAAAUCAGAAAUACGGUUUUUGCACAACUUCAGCCUCGACUUCAGUGUCAGUUGGGUAAAAAGGAAAGCCCAGUGUUUGCAUUCCCGCUAAUUUUACAGAAUGAUCCUCAAAUAGAGAAAUUCUUUCUCCAUUCGUUUUCAUGGAAGUUUCAAUGUUUACAGUGUGGCCACCAAGUUAGUGACAGGUGUCAGAAGACCUUAACAACAUUUACAAAUAUAAUCCCAGAAUGGCACCCACUAAAUGCUGUCCAUAUUGCUCCUUGCAAUAAUUGUAAUCAUAGAACUCAAAGAAGAAAAAUGGUUCUGGAAAAGAUCCCCUCAAUACUGAUGAUGCACUUUGUUGAAGGCUUGCCACAUAAUGACCUGAUGACAUAUUCAUUUCAUUUUCAAGAGGAUUUCUAUCAAAUAACAGCUGUAAUUCAAUAUCUGCAGGAGCCAAAGCACUUUGUAGCAUGGAUCUCUAACUCAGAUGGAACAUGGCUUGAGUGUGAUGACUUAAAAGGUUCAUAUUGCAGUAGGCAUGAAAGAUUUGGGGUGCCUCCCUCUGAAGUUCACAUUGUCAUCUGGGAAAAAAAGCCACAAAGAGUGAUAAAGGAACUGGAUUUGCAGUUGCAGAAAGAGGGAGCUGGGGAAGUUCCUCAGAAAGCACAGCCAAAUUCUUCAGAGAAACAUCUUGGUGAUGAGGCUGUGGAUAAGGCACCUUUAAUUUGCCAUGGAGAGGACCCAUUGAACGCUCAUUCCAGUGACACACAAGACAUAGUUGGCAGCGACAAAUGUCAUUCACUUUGGGGCUUUGAAAACUUUGCAGAUGAUGAUGAGAUUACAUUGACUCUUGUAAAUGUUACUCCUAACUCUAACGAUAAACCACUGGAAGAUAACAAGUUAACAGAGAAAAAUCUAGUAGCUGAAACGUUGCCGCAGCAAGAUCCAGGCAGGGUUGAUGUGUCUUCAUUGUUAGAAAAUACCUAUGUUCCCUUGCACAGAGGACAACCAAACAAUGAAAGUACCACAUUUAUUAUGUCAGCACUUUCUCCAAACAAUAACAGAGACUCACCAGAAACCUUACCAAUUCGAACAGCAGUAGCUCAAAGUAACCCAAUUCCUGUCUUGAAUAGCGUUGGCUUGGACCCAGACAAGCUACAGAACAAUAUCAGCAGGAAAAAAACCCUGAACACUGUGCAGGAAUUGCCUAAUGCUGUGGGACACACAAGAGAAAUGGCUAUCAAUUGCCAGGUUUCUGCUCCAAAUUGUUCCUCCCAGUUACCCUGUCAAAGCAAAGUGAAACCGUUUGUAACAAGUUGGUUAAAGAAUUUACAUGGGAAAAAAACUUCCUUUAUGCCUAAAAGUGUCUCCGUUUGUAAAACAGAGAGUUCUCAAAAGCCUCUUCAGAAAGGAGCUGUCUUAAAUCCACUCGUUAAGGGGCCAGCCCACUUUGGUGGCUUCAUAGGUAAGUGUUCACAAAGAGAGCUCAAGAAGUCAGCAAAGAGAGCACUUCCUUCAUUACCCUCCACCAUUCCUCCUCUUGCAAACAACUCUAUAGAGAAACAGAUCUUUGGAAGUGAAGGAACUGUGAACAGCAUCACAGUUACUUCUAUUGUAAAUAAGCUAGAUCAGGCCAAACAAAGUCGCAGUAGAAAUCAAAACUUUACAGCUGUUGAGAAAGAUGAGGACUCAAAUGCUAAUAAAGCACGCCAGUGGCGUAUCCAAUUUCGUCAACUGCUUAAAGAUAAAAAAGAGAGACUUGCUUUAUUAGAGAAGCAGGCAAACACCCAGUUGCAUAACAGAAGCUCUCCCAAGAAAAGCAUUAAGGAGCAGUCGCAGCUUGGAUCCCAGAAGGAAAAUGAUUCCCUGCAGAGCUUGUUAAGGGAACUGCAGUGCCAGAUUGAUAUUGAAGAUGGCAAAUCUCUGAAUUCUCCGGGCACCAGUAUGUCCCAGUGCAGUAGUUUAAGUUAUGAUGAUAUUUUAUCUGAGCUGCUUUCUCCUGCUACAACUGUUGCUUCUUUGGAGCAUCCAACAGAAGAAGAAUGUAAAUAUCUAGAAAUGGGGGGUUGCGGGAUAGAAUCUCCAGUAUCUAAUGAGAAAAUUGAGGGUGCACAGUACUUGGAGCAUGAUUACUGUGUUCCUGAAAAGGAAAGUUUAUAUGGGGGUCAUCCAGACAUGUUGGAAACCAAAUCGCCCCUAAAGAAAUUUAACUUUCAGAGCCCCACAGAACAAGGUAUUCUUGAAGAGCUAUUACCCAGUUCGGUGCUGAAUUCAAUAAUGGAUGAAUUUGAUGAAAAUCUGUUACCAUUGUGAAUUGUGUUCUAACAAUUUCAGAUUUUUGUAAUUAAAUGGCUUUGAAGCAAAGCGUAACUAAUUUGCCUAUGGUUCUACUUGAAUAUUUAAAAUGUAAAAUCCUGUGAGAUGUUUUAUUCUUAAUAAAGUGAUUUUUUAAAUCCUUCAAAAUGUAUGAGCCAGAAGAGAUGAAAACUUUAUCAAAUAGAGGUGAUGAAAGUAUGUAGCAUUAUUUUUUUUUGUUAAAGAUUAGCUUUUUAAUGGUUUUGUCCAAUUAAAGAGGGUCCUGCAAGAUUGCAAAUCAACAAAAGCUGAUUUUCUAGAGGAUCAUGAACUAUGCACAGAUUUGGGUUGCAGACUUGUGUUUUCUCAAGUUUUCAUAGUGUAUUUAGCUGAAUACCCUUUUCUCAGAGUGAUUGCAUCUCAUCCUCAUUACACGCACUCUACAUAUGUAUUGUGUAUCUCUAUACACACACACACAUGCAUAUUUAUGUAUUAAAUACAUAUGUGCCUAUGUGCGGAUUGAAAUAGUCAAUACAGUUUUCCAUGCUGAAGUUUAGCAAUGAGUUGUAGGAAUAAAAA